ACAGGUGGACGUUCACGCUCAAAACAUGUCAACUACGGUCCAGACGCGUGCUAAAGGAGUAGAUUAAACGUUUCCGAGAAAGCUCGAAAGCGGAAAAAUUCAAUAACAUUUUUUUGUUGCGUUACAGUAACAUUUAGACAAUUAAUGUGACAUAUCUAAACAUUCUGACUGAGGCUGAAGUAGCAGUUAGUGCAACAGGGAGGUGACCAGCAACAAAGAAUUGCUUCUCUAUGGACGCCCAUGAAUCACUUUUUCCAUCCCCAAUACUUUCUUCAGACUGGGCCUCCUUCCAAUAACUUUUUUUUUUCUUUGCCGGCAGGACGAGUGGAAUGAGUCGCCUUCCUCUACACCAACGUAACUGUACUCGGAACGUUUUUUUUUUCCUUUUUCCUAAACUGGAAUACUGUUCUGUGUUGUGGUCUCUUUCAGAAGUAGGCCAGGGAUUAUCCUCUUUUUUUUAACCAACUUUUCUAGUUCCUUUGUGUUAUGUUUUACGUGUGGAAAACUAACCGAAACAUUGCUCCCGUCGGGGUCCUUUUUUGACAGACCCGGACAUGGAUCUCCAGGUGGCGGUUUGGUUUAUUUACUGCUUCGUUCUGCCUUCCGUCUUGUUAUCAGCUUGUCUACUACGCUACAAUGUGCUGUCACUGGCUUACUUUUUGUACCUUCUGUUGCUGCCAUGGUUUCUGUGUCCCAACAAACACACCAUCAGAGGUCACACAGGACAUUUCAUCAGAGCAGUAUUCUGUACCAGUCUAUUUUUUGUACUGGGCCAUAUCUGCUUCCAGACAGUGUUCUACACCUAUCCUCCUCUAAACAUUGCCAUUGGUGAUAACUGUUCUCAAGUGGAGAUCAUAACCAGCCAUAUAGGACUGUCCAGGCUUUCAUUGGAGGAUCCUUGGAAUAUCUUGCGCCUUUUAUGUCCAGACCUGGUGGUGUGUGUGGUCGCUUUGUUAACCAUUAUCCUGUGCAGAAAACUUGUCACAAACAGAGUAAUGCUGGCUGCGCCUAAUAUUACAACAAUAGAUGAUGAUGCAACAGAAGAUGAAGAUGAAAAAGAAGACUCAGAGGAUGAGGAUGAAGUUGGGUCAUUUCAUGGUGACCACACUCAGGAGUUUUCAACUACAUCCUUAGCCAAGCAGCUGGCUGAGCGUCUAAAAGCUGAAGUCCGUAAAGUGCUGCUGGACCUGGGAAGAAUUUUAGCCGUUAGCCUGCUUGCUUUGGCAGGAAUCACAUUGCCUUCCGCUUUCUCAGCUGUCUACUUCCUGCUUUUUAUUGGAGUCAGCACAUGGUGGUCAUGUCACUUUCCAAUUAGUCAACUGGGUUUCAAUGCUCUGUGUGUGAUGGUGGGCUUCUUCACUGCUGGCCACAUUGUUUGUCUGUACCUGUACCAGUGUCUCUUGGCCCAGGCUCUUUUCCCCCCAAACAGCCUGUGGGCGAGACUCUUUGGUCUAAAGGACAUUAUCAAACCAGGGAACUGCUCUUCACUCUAUGAUUUCAACCUUAAUACUGAAUACGACUGGCCAGUUUAUGUCAACCCAGGAAUACUCUUCCUUCUCUACAUUACCUCAGCAACUGUUUUGAAGACAGGUCAUGGAACACCUCACCAGAAAGAGGAGAACCAGAAGCCCAAACAUGCAAACGAGCUGGAAGAGGAGAUGGUCGAGUUAAGAUCAUGGAAUCAAAAGACGGACAACUGUUCAAAUGACACACAGCAUAUGCUCUUGUGUGUGGAGACUGACACUGUGGUUGAAGGAAGUCUACCAGAACUUGGUUUUUGUCAUGCUGCCGGUGAACAAAAGGCUCAAAAUCAAUUUUUAAUUCUGGGAAAGGUGGUCAUGCAGCAGAGCUAUGUCUGUGCUCUGAUAUCAAUGAUGGUUUGGAGCAUUACAUACCACAGCUGGCUGACAUUUGUGUUACUGCUGUGGGCUUGUCUCAUCUGGAUUCUGCGUGCGAGACGACAUGCAGCCAUGCUGUGUUCUCCGUUUAUCUUGCUUUAUGGUUUGGCAUUGUGUUGUCUGCAGUAUAUAUGGGCCAUGGAACUUGAGCCUGAACUUCCGACCACCAUUGGAACCAUGAGUCUCAGACAACUAGGACUGGAUAAAGCCCAGUAUCCGUGUCUGCGCCUGGGAGCUAUACUCCUCUUCACUUCAACCUUCUGGUUAUUAGUACGCCAGUCCGUUAAGGAAAAUUUCAGCAUCAAAAGGAAAAUGACCACACCUCUACAAGAAGUCAUUACAGGGGUGGAUUCCACAAAUGAAUCAGCGCUAAAGGUCCUGGGUGGCAUGGUGAUGAGUUGUUAUGCCAAAUAUUGGAUCUACGUGUGUGGUGGGAUGUUCCUCAUGGUCUCUUUUGUGGGAAAACUUGUCGGAUACAAGCUCAUCUACAUGCUGCUUUUCCUGCUCUGCCUCUGUAUAUAUCAGGUGUACUAUUCUGUCUGGAGGCGUCUUUUAAAGCUCUUCUGGUGGCUUGUUGUGGCCUACACAAUGCUGGUGCUGAUAUCCAUCUACACAUACCAGUUUGAAGACUUCCCCGGUUAUUGGAGGAAUUUCACUGGUUUCAAAGAACAACAACUGGCUGCGAUUGGUCUGGAGAUGUUUGCCCUCUCAGAGCUGUUUACUAGCAUUCUGAUCCCUGGAUUCUUUUUGUUGGCCUGUAUCCUACAGCUGCAUUAUUUCCACAAACCCUUCAUGAGAAUCACUGAUCCCGAUCAUGUUUCACCAAUGCACAGGAAAAGCAGCUGUGUGCAGCCUGGCUCAAGUAAUGUUGAACUGACCUCUGAAGUGGAAGUGGUAACAAACGUCGAUGGUGAAUCAACAGAUAAAGAAAAGUUAAUGCAGAGUAAGUGGGGUCUGGUGAUGGACAGGUUACUGGUUCUGUUCAGAAAGUUCUCAGACAUACUUACCAAAGGUCAAGUCUUUCUGUGGAGGCUUCUGGAAAUUCACAUCAUUAAAAUGGUGGCCUUCUAUUCGGUGUGGGUUGCGCUUGAAGAGCCAUCUGUGCUUAACCUUGUCCUGGUGGUGCUGUGGUCACUGGCAAUGCCAUUUAGUCGCUUCAGGCCGAUGGCUUCCAGCCUGUCAACAGUCUGGGUGUGUGUAAUCAUCAUGUGUAGGAUGCUGUACCAGCUAAGUAUCGUCAGCCCUCCUGAGUACUCCAGCAUCUGUGGCCAACCUCUGCAAAAUGAAACCAACCUGUCCGAAAAGGAAAUAAAGAAUUCUUCCCUCUAUGGGGCACCGGUGGAUCCAGCCAGAUGGUUUGGCAUCAGGAAGGAAGCUACCGUACUGGACUAUAGCAAGAGCCAUUUAGCCGUGCUGCUAUUGUUGGUGAUUGAGGCCACAGUGUAUCGUCAUCAGGCUCACCACUACCGUCAGCUUCAACAAUCUCCUCCGAGCAUACCUGCCCUGUUCCCAGAAGCCACUAGGGACACUUUGGACAAAGGCCUCAUACCAUGCUUCAAGUACCUGCUCAACUACACUUUCUACAAGUUUGGAUUAGAGAUUUGCUUCCUGAUGACUGUGAAUGUGAUUGGCCAACGGAUGAACUUCUUGGUCAUAAUACAUGGUUGUUGGUUGGUUGCCAUUUUAGUGAGGCGACGUCGGGCAACAAUUGCAAAGAUAUGGCCAAAAUAUUGUCUCUUUCUGGCCAUCUUCAUGAUCUAUCAGUAUUUACUGUGUGUGGGUAUUCCACCUGCUCUCUGCAAAGAUUACCCAUGGCGGUGGAACGCUCCAGUUUUAAUGAACUCUGCUCUCAUUAAAUGGCUUUAUCUACCAGAUUUCUACACAGUCCCUAACUCAAAAAACCUGAUAGUGGACUUUGUUCUGCUGAUAUGUGCGUCCCAGCAGUGGAAAGUGUUUCAGUGUGAGCAUACGGAGGAGUGGAUGGUUCUGGCAGGAGACAAUACAGACAGCCCUAAUCCGAUGGAAGAUCGACCGUUCAACCCUGCACCCAACUUCAUCAACUGCAGGAGUUACCUGGACAUGGCCAAGGUUUUUGUUUUUUGCAACCUAUUCUGGUUUGUGCUCUCAGUGGUCUUCAUGACAGGGGCUACACGUGUGUCUGUGUUUGGAUUGGGAUACCUUCUCUCCUGUUUCUUUUUUUUGCUUUUUGGUACCCAAUUACUGGUCAAACCAUCCAGGACGCGCCUCGCCAUGUGGGACUGUCUCAUCAUUUAUAAUGUUGCAGUCAUCAUAUCAAAAAAUGUUCUUUCGAUUCUGGCAUGUGUGUUUGUGUUGGAGAUGCAGAAGAACUUCUGUUGGAUGAUCCAACUCUUCAGUCUAGUUUGCACAGUCAAAGGAUACUACGAUCCAAACAUGAUAAGUGAUAAGAACUGCAGCCUCCCUAUAGAAGAAGCUGGGAUCAUCUGGGACAGUAUUUGCUUUGUUUUCCUGUUGCUGCAAAGAAGGGUCUUCCUCAGUUGCUAUUUCAUUCAUGUAGUUGAAGAAUUGCAGGCAUUUGGUAAACAGGCAUCGAGGGGAUUUGAGCUCUUCAAUGCCACCAUAAUGAAAAACAUGAAAUUAUACCAAAAGGCUGAGAAAAAAUCCCUAUCCCAGCUCAAGAGAUCAAUGCAAAGAAUCCUUUCCAAACAACAGAAGUACAGAAAUGGACACACAAUUAUUGAUGACAACGCCCAGAAUGAAAAUCCUGAAACUAAGACAGAGAGAAAGGGUUGUUCUCAGUCAUGUUUGAACCAUGCAACAGUCCUGCACUCAGGAGAGUACUACCUGUUUGAAUCCGAUAGCGAAAGUGAACAGGAACAAUUGACUGAAGAGCAGAAGCCUCAGAAACAGACGGCUUAUCAGUUGGCUUAUCAAGCGUGGGUGACCAAUUUGAAAAGAGCGCUGAGAGAACGUCAGAGAGGCCAAAGACAACACAGACUUGAAAUGGUCGAGGAUGAGAUUGCCACGCAACAGGUGUCACAAGAGGAGGCUUGUUCUGUAAAAGACGACAACUAUGUGUUUGAAGACCUUCAGUUUAAGGAGCUUGAGGAACCGGAGGAGUCUGGUCAUGGAGAGAUUGUUCAGAGGAUCUUAGAUAUCAUACGUUUCUUAUGGGCCAUACUUCAAGCCAUGAUGGAUGGACUGACACAAUGGCUUAACCUGCUGACUAAACAGUAUAGGGAAACGUCUACAGUUCUAUGCAAUGAACGCUACUUCCUAAUAAAAAGGAUACAGCAACCUCACACAACAGCGGACCCUACGGCUGAGCAGUUGUCGCAAAGAAGUGAGAGUUGUCAUUCGAAUCAAACUGAUACGGAUUUCUGUACACUUUGCAGCUCUUUAGAAGAUAGCCAGGCUGCAGGGGUCUUGUCUUCCCACAGACCAAGCCUUGGCAGCACUGCCAAUCUCUUGCUUCCUGAGUUACCCCAUGGAAGCAGUGACCACUUAGCAGAACAGUCCAUUCAACAACACAGACACUCCAGAACAGCCAGUGAGGUCCUGGGAGACAGGUACAUCUCCAUUGAAGAGCUGGAGCAAAGUAGAAUGUUCUACAACAAACAAAACCGUGUGCUACAGCUGCUCUUUGCCACGCACAGUUUGUUGGCUGCCAACUCUGAGCAUUUUUGUUAUUUCAUCAUCAUCUUGAAUAAUGUGGUCAGUGCUUCUGUAAUAUCACUGGUCCUGCCCAUUUUGGUCUUUGUAUGGGCUAUGUUGACUGUUCCAAGACCAACCAAAAGAUUUUGGAUGACUGCCAUUGUCUACACAGAGGUGAUGGUGGUGGUAAAAUAUAUUUUUCAAUUUGGAUUUUUUCCUUGGAACAGUGUUUAUGAGAUUACUUUAAAUGAAGACAAACCAUUUUUUCCACCUCGCAUCCUGGGUGUGGAGAAGACGGACACGUAUAUAAGAUAUGACCUUCUUCAGUUGCUGGCCUUGUUUUUCCACAGAUCUUUGCUAAUGCGUUAUGGCCUGUGGGACCACAAAGACCCCUUGGACGGACAAAGUACCUCAGUAGAGAAUAAUGAGGAGAAAGAAGGAAAAAACAAAGCGUGUAGAUUAGACUCUGUCUGCACCACGGAAAACCCAAAUAUCACUGACCUGGAACAACUGGAAAAGGCUAAUGUGACCACACAACUCCUUUCAGCUGACUCAGCAGCAGCUCAUGAGGAACAACCAGUUAUGCCUGGACUGAAUCUUUCCGAUAGCUUGAAAAAGGAUGCAUUGAGCGGGAGCAAGGAGGAGUUCAUUGAUGAAGUCCAGCAGAAAAGUGGCGGUCUUCACUUCCGCAAAAAACUAAAAGGGCUUAAAAAACAGAAUUCUAAAGCAAAGUCCACUGCUGAGAGUGCAUAUUCCAGCAAAGACCAAGCGAAAAAAAAUAGGAAGGACAAGAAAAGAGAAGCAGCCAGUCGUAAACUACAAACUAUUGGACACAAGUUGAAGCACACAUUAAAAUAUGGGAUUCAGGGUGUUUACAAACCUAUUCAAGGUUUCUUCAUUAGUACUCUCAGGGCAGACUAUCGUGUUGCCACUGAUGUCUAUGCACUUAUGUUCCUGACUGAUGUCAUCGACUUCAUCAUCAUCGUGUUUGGAUUUUGGGCUUUUGGGAAACACAGUGCAGCAGCUGAUAUAGCAUCCACCUUGUCAGAAGACCAGGUUCCAGAAGCAUUUCUGGUGAUGCUCCUCAUCCAGUUCACUACCAUGAUCAUUGACAGAGCACUAUACCUGCGGAAGGCUGUUUUGGGGAAACUCAUUUUCCAGGUGGGUCUUGUGGUUGGGAUACACCUGUGGAUGUUCUUUAUACUCCCCGCUGUCACUGAAAGGAGGUUCAACCAGAACUUAGUGGCUCAGCUGUGGUACUUUGUCAAAUGUAUUUACUUUGCCCUGUCAGCAUACCAGAUCCGUUGUGGAUACCCCACUCGUAUUCUUGGCAACUUCCUCACCAAAAACUACACCCAUCUCAACCUUUUUCUCUUCCAAGGUUUUCGUCUGGUUCCUUUCCUUGUAGAGCUGCGAGCAGUGAUGGACUGGGUUUGGACUGAUACUACUCUGUCUCUCUCCGACUGGAUGUGUGUCGAGGACAUUUAUGCCAACAUUUUCAUCAUCAAAUGCAGCCGUGAGACAGAGAAGAAAUACCCGCAGCCUAAAGGACAAAAAAAGAAGAAGAUGGUGAAAUAUGGAAUGGGAGGACUGAUCAUCUUCUUCUUAGUGUGCAUCAUCUGGUUUCCCCUUCUCUUCAUUUCAUUGGUCAGAUCUGUGGUGGGUGUCAUAAACCACCCUAUUGAUGUCACUGUUACCGUCAAACUUGGAGGAUAUGAGCCUCUCUUCACCAUGAGUGUCCAGCAGCAGUCAAUUCAACCCUUUACACAGGUGGAUUAUAAUGAACUCACUCAAAAGUUUGGAAACAAUGCGGUAGCCAUGCAAUUCAUUUCUCUCUAUGGUUCUGAGGACAUUGUUACAGCCAUGAUUGAAGGCAGUUCGGGAUCAGUUUGGAGAAUCAGCCCCCCCAGCAGACGUGAACUCAUAAAAGAACUUCUCGAAAGUCCCUCUGACCUAACAUUACGCCUGUCAUGGAAUUUCCAAAGGGACCUGGGUAAAGGAGGGACCGUGGAGUACACAUAUGACAAACAUUCUAUUCACCUGGAGCCUGGGAACCCAGUCAGGGCUAAUCUAGCUUCUCUUCUGGUGGGCAAUCACACUAAGCCUGUGCAUGUUCCAAAUAUGUUCCCAAAUUACAUCCGUGCCCCCAAUGGAGCAGAGGCCAAACCAGUCAAUCAACUAUAUGAAGGGAACGAAGGAGGUUACCAGAAUAUAACCCUUUUCCUGAUGAGUGACGAGUCACUGAACUCCAGUGGGAAGCAGGAGUGGUGGGACAUUGCCAUUGGGGGCUGUGCCCCUUCUUCAUGUGGAGUUCUGUCCAUGGUCAUAUUCAAUGACAAAGUCAGUCCACCCAGCCUUGGCUUCCUUGCUGGAUAUGGGAUCAUGGGUUUGUAUGUGUCUGUGGUCCUUGUCAUUGGGAAGUUUGUGAGAGGCUUCUUCAGUGAGAUCUCCCACUCAAUCAUGUUUGAAGAACUUCCCUGUGUGGACCGCAUACUCAAGCUCUGUAUGGACAUUUUCUUGGUGCGUGAAACUGGUGAGCUAGAACUGGAAGAGGAGCUUUAUUCAAAACUCAUCUUCCUCUAUCGAUCACCAGAAACAAUGAUCAAAUGGACUAGGGAUAUCCACAGCCAAGACAGAGAUCGAUGAACCGAUUGGUUGUCUUUUGACUAUGUCUUUUUUAUAAUGUCCAAAGCAACAAAUCAAGUCAGAGUUUAUGAGAGGACUGCAAGAUUGGAGAUGGAUGGAUGCUGGAACUCCACACACUUACAUAAAGAUCAACGAAUGUACCUGUACACUGUAAAGCCUAACAUGUUGGAAAUGUCUACAAGCUAAGCUGUUAGCUGUUUUGAUUUAAUUAACUUAACCAAAAUCAUGACUGCUAAGCUUCACCACAAUUUUAUGACUAAUGUAUAGUACAUCAUGUUUACAAUAAAUGGCUUUUUGUAUCGUA